UGCCCUGUAGGCGGCGACAGCGAGCGCGUUGAGUGUAAAAACAACAUCUCACCUUCAUUCUUUCGUGCCACUGCUGCCGGAGCAUGUUACUGGGAGCCACCAUGGAGCGCAUUCGCCGUCAUGUAGUGCAGCGUUAAAAGCGGCGUCAAUAGUCGUCGAGUGGGGCUUUGACGUGGGGGGUUACGAGGAGUCGCCGUCGUCGAGCCAUGGCCACGCGGGAAGAAGGAGAGGCGGCGCACGGCAAAGCGAGGCACCACGACGGAGGCGCGAGAGUAAACAGCUCGGAGGGUUUCAGGAACGGCUACGUAAAGAGCUGCGUCACCCCCCUCAAACAGGACCAGCACGGGGGCUUUUGGUUCAACGUGUGCAGGUUUUGCGGCGAAGAGUCCCAACUUGUCAAGGUCUCUGCCCUUUACGUCGGCGCCGUUGUCGUCCUGGCGCUGUCUUUCCUUCUGUCCCGGAGCUCGCAAAGUGACCCGCGUUGGGAUUUGCGGACCUUGUUGUCGGGCUUUUUGCAGUCCGCCAGUCCUCUCUUCAGCAUCGGCUGUGCCUUCUUCUUCCUCACCUUCUACCUGCGGAGUAGACGGAAGGAGGGCGGUCAAUGGUGGCUGCUGUCACUGCCAGCGUCGUGCUAUCUCGGGGACUUCGCCGUGCUGCGCUUCUUGCAAUGGGGAGAGGAGCAGCACCAGAUACAAAUGGUCGGCAGGUUGUUGUUCGUGUUGGGAUGCGUGGGUUUACUCACACUCGUCCCCACGCUGAAACUCAAACACAGCGUGCUCGUACUGCUCUUUGCCAGCCUGGUGUGGCUGCUCUCUUUCACCAGCUUAGGCGGACUGCCCGCGCUGCUCAGACCGCUGCUCGCCUGCGUUGCUGGGCUCUGCGGCUCCUUGCUGGGGCUCAGCUUCGACCGCUGCUACCCGCCGAGGGACGCUGUGAGCGGGGGCGCCUGCACGGAGGAGAAGGUCCCGGUGAUCAGAGCCAGGAGACGCUCCAGUUGUGUUUCUCUGGGGGAAACGUCGAACAGCUAUUACGGCAGCUGUAAAAUGCCCCGGAGACCGUCGUUACCCUGCAUAUCCAGAGAGCAGAUGAUCCUGUGGGACUGGGAUCUGAAACACUGGUACAAACCACAGUAUCAGGGUGCGGCGAGCGGCAAUGGCGUUGACCUGUCAGUCAUCAACGAGGCCAGAAACCUGCUUUCUGAGCUGCUGAUGGAUUUGUCCUUGUCGCCUCACACCAUCUCCACUCUGCACAGCAUCUCCAGCCUCAUGGGCACGUUUUCAGGCUCGUGUCGCCCCCGGGUGAACCCUUUCACGCCUUUUCCGGGAUUCUACCCCUGUGAUGAGUUGGACGACACUGUCGAGAGGAACGAUCGCAAAUCCAUUAAGGGGUUGAGUAGCAGAAACAGCCUCCCGACUCCUCAGCCCAGGCGUAGUUCCACCUCCUCUUCUGUGCUGCCUUCACUUGACUCUCUUUCAUCACGGUGGGACCGCAACAAUGGCAAGAGAUCCCACCCUGACCUUAACAUGGCUAGCUCAGGUCUUUCUAAUGGGCCAAAUGCAAACCUGCUUACCAUUCCCAAGCAGAGGUCUUCUUCUGUCACCCUCACGUACCAUGCAGGUUCCAGAAGAGCAGGCACAUCUCCUAGCCUGAGUCCCCUCAGCUCUCCCAGCCACAGUCCUCAAAGUGUAGCCACAGGUUCUUCAUUGUCCCUGGUCACCCGAUCGCCUGUAGAGUUUCCAGACACAGCAGACUUCCUGACAAAGCCUAGUGUCAAUCUGAACUUGCACAAGCAUUUGGGCUACCCACUCAGCUCAUGUGACUUCCAGCAGGCAUUCCGUAGCACCGUUUUACCUCUUUGCACCAGCUGCGGGCGUCAGAUGCCAAAGGGAGUUUCCAGCGGCGAUUCAGGAGAAGUCCAUCAGCCACUCCUGAGCGAGGCCCAACGCAGGCGCUCAGCAUCAGGUGAAGGGCCGGAUUUCCCAGUAGAGCCUUUAAUCAGGGAGGAGAGCGUGGAGGUGGACUUGUCUGCAGAGUCCUGCACCACAGGGGAUCAGGGUCAGACACAGGAGCAGCGCUCAGGCACAGAGCAGCAGACUCAGGAAUUAGAGGGUGAUCAGGAGUUCAGACUAGACGCGAUGCUGGAAGACCAUGAAGCCCUCAUGGAGAGGAUGAACACCUGGAACUUCCAGAUCUUUGACCUGGUGGACAAAACAGGAGGAAAGACAGGACGAAUACUCAGCUAUGUGACUUACACCCUUUUCCAGGAUACGUGUCUGUUUGAAAUUUUCAAGAUCCCUGUGAGGGAGUUCAUGACAUACUUCUUUGCUCUGGAAAAUGGCUACAGGGACAUUCCCUAUCAUAACCGGGUCCAUGCUACUGAUGUGCUCCAUGCUGUCUGGUACUUAACCACUCGACCCAUCCCUGGGUUCCAGCAGAUCCACAAUGAGCAUGUGACCGGAAGUGACACAGACUCAGACAGUGGGAUCUCGCCUGGCAGGAUAUCAUACGCCUCCUCGAAAAGCUCCUCCAUAUCAGAUGACAGCUACGGCUGCCUGGCCUGGAACAUCCCAGCUCUGGAGCUCAUGGCCCUUUAUGUAGCAGCUGCAAUGCACGAUUACGACCACCCCGGUCGAACUAAUGCCUUUUUAGUUGCCACUAACGCACCUCAGGCGGUGUUGUACAACGACCGCUCCGUGUUGGAGAACCACCACGCUGCAUCAGCCUGGAGCCUCUACCUGUCCCGGCCGGAGUUUAACUUCCUAGUCAAUCUGGAUCAUGUGGAGUUUAAGCGUUUUCGCUUCCUUGUCAUUGAGGCCAUUCUAGCCACAGACCUAAAGAAGCACUUUGACUUCCUGGCAGAGUUCAAUUCCAAGGUCAAUGAUGUAAACAGUCCAGGAAUUGACUGGACAAAUGAGAAUGACAGACUGCUGGUGUGCCAAAUGUGUAUCAAGUUGGCAGACAUCAAUGGACCAGCCAAAGUCCGCGACCUUCACCUGAAGUGGACGGAAGGCAUUGUCAAUGAGUUUUAUGAGCAGGGCGAUGAAGAAGGGAGGCUGGGAUUACCCAUCAGCCCCUUCAUGGACCGCUCCUCCCCACAGUUGGCCAAGCUGCAGGAGUCCUUCAUCACACACAUAGUUGGACCACUCUGUAACUCCUACGACGCCGCAGGUUUACUCCCUGGCCGCUGGGUCCAUGGAGACGGAUCGGAUGAAGAUGACGAGGGGCGGGUUGACUCCGACACUGAUGAUGAGGACGAGGAAGAGGAUGAAGAGAUGGAGGAAGAUCUGCGGCCAAAAAGGAGUAAGAGCCACCGGCAGUUAUUUUGCAGCAUCAUGCAGCACCUGACCGAGAACCACAAAGUGUGGAAGAAGAAAAUCGAAGAGGAAGAUAAAGACAGAGAUGGUGGCAAGCCGCCUGAUGGCUUGCCGGCCAGCCUUCCAAUUUCACCAUCAGAUGACAUCCAGGUCAUCCAGGAGGAGGAGGAAGGGGAGUAACGUGUGUCGCAGCGUGACACAAGGAAUAAACAAAUGUGUGGAGAAGAAGACGUUCUUUACCCAACAGCCUUGUACACACACACACACAAGCACACACACACUGACAUUAAAUAGACAUCCUCCCCUCACACAACCUUUACACACCUUGAACACUGUGCAGACACUUGGAUGCUCAAAACAAACGGCCUUACCACUGUGAGCGGAUCCUCACUGCAACAGUGAGAGCCCAACUCCUAUGCACUUUGACCCUGUGGAGAGUCCCAGAGCAGCUCCAAGAAGAAGCACCAAGAGUGAGGUCCAGGGUGUUGGAGAAGAGCGUUGGAAUGACCUCGGGUGCCUUGAAUGCAAAGCGCUUACACCUCCCUUUAGGUACAAAACAAGUCCUAUUUAAACAAAAACAAAGCAGGAGAGGUUGAGGAUGAACCAAGCAAGCAAAAAGGAUUGACCCCCUUUACCAAAGUGAACUGUUCAGAUGUGGAAAGACCAAGCUAAGACUCUUUCAGCCUCAGCUUAGGGUUUAUUUUUUUGAAUUAUAGAAAUAAAUAUAUAUACAUAUACACACAGCAAAAAUAUCAACACAUCUGCUUUUGCUCUCAUUUUUUAUGAGCUGAACUCAAAAAUGAAAAACAGUUUUUCUAUGUACACAAAAGGCCUAUUUCUCUCAAAAUUGGCAACACUAAAUUGGCCCUAAUGUGUGAAUGUUGUCUAUCAGUGUUGGCCCUGCAAUGAGGUGGCGACUAGUCCCGGGUGUACCCCGCCUUCCGUCCGAGCGGAGCUGGGAUAGGCUCAAGCACCCCUCAUGACUCCGAGAGAGACAAACGGUAGAAAAUGGAUGGAUGGAUCACAAUCGUCCCUCGCCACAUUGCACUUCAGUUAUUACAGCUUCACCACAUAGCAGAAUAUUUUGUUUUUUAAGCAUAUUCAACAACAUUUUUGCCAUGAAUUAAUAAUUUUAAGUAUUAAAUGACUGAAGGAGUGAAAAAUAUCAAUACUACAGUAGUAUUGGCCCCUAGAUGAGACCAAAACAACCGACACACGUUGUUCAGUAUUCUGGCCACAGAUUGUCUCAGCCUCAGGCAGCAUUACUAUAUCGGAUUAAAAGACUGUAAAGGGUGAAUAAAGCAGGGCCUCUUAACCUUUUUGACCUCUGGGCCCAACUUUUCUACUAGUGAGGUGCCCGGGACCUACUGAGAUAUUAACACUGAAUUAGUUGUCUUAUUUUUUAUUUUAAUGUUAUUCAAUAAUUAUCUUCAACCUACUUGCUGAUUACAAGCUUGUCAAAUGAUGUAAAAUCAUGUGUUAAUCACAAGGCUAACAAAAAACAGUAAUAGCCAAAUAUACUGCAUAUGAAGGGACUCAAAUAACUGACAAACAUUUUAUUUUCAUACAAUUAUUUUGUAAAUAAACUAAAUUGAUACUAAAUAUGUUUCUUAACUCAAUUGCCAAUAACAUUUAAAUGCAAAUGAAAAUACAACUUCACCAUUUUAGUCAUCAUUUUUGAGUUUAGGAAACUUUUAUGACUUGUUUGUUUGAAAUUGUCAUUACUGCCACAAGUGGUGAAAAAGUGUAUUACAAGUGAGUGCCAUUGUGGGCGUACGUACCACCGCUGAGAAACAGAUACCUGUAGGGUAUGCUUGCAGCCCAACAAUGGGCCCCAGCCCUAUGGUUAAGGAACACUGGACUAAAGGGUGUUAUUUAAUGUAUAGAGGGCUCUCAUUAUGUUGAACACAUGUAUUUGGGGGGGAUGUAAGCAGGUUUUUUUUUUUUAUCGUCUAGCUCUGAAAAUAUUUGAUUUAUAAUUGAAAAUUCCUACUUAGUGGAAAAUCAUUUAUCACUGUCCUGUCCGGAGCUAAUUAACAGCAACAAAUGCGUGUAAAUGAGCACUUUACCUUUGCCAUUCACCUCACAGGUGUGGCAUAUCAAGAUUAAUGUGCAAGUGUGACCUAGGAUGUCCACAAUAAAAGGCCCCACUAUUUGAAAUAUUUAUUUAUACAUUUGUUUUGCAUUAUUUUACAAAUGUCUGUACUUUUCAAAUAAUGUACAACCUAUUGAUAUUUACACAGCUUGUUUUGUCUCAUAUAUGCUACUGGAUGAAUAAUCAUGCUGUCUAAUCAGCACAUUGAGAUGGAUUAUCUCAGCGAAGAAGUAGGGCGAUACAACAUAUUUUGUCAGCAAAUGCUUGUGUACAUGGAAAACGUUUUAGAUCCUUCAGUUCAGCUCAUAAAAAACUGUGUGCUGAAGCCAAAGUGUAAUUGCUCUUUUUGUCAAGUGUAUAUAUCUAUAUAGAUAUAUGUAUAUCAGAUGUGCCUGUCUGAACCUUUACUGAGUCCAUUUUGGCCCAGAGCCUUGGCUUGUGUAGUUCUCUCCUUGCUGGUGACACAAAACACUGUAUCUCACUCAGUCAUAAAGACAUUAUUGACAUGUUGACUGAGGAUUAGCAUUAUAUUUGCAUCCUUUUGGAUGCUCUUACUCAUGUGUGCCACCCACUUUUUUCGGUUGCUUUGCUUCAAUUUGUGUGGAACGUGAGUGAAAAAUUGAACUUUUCUUUUGGAAGAAUGCGACGGAGAGAAUAUAGGUCAGAAGAAAGAGAGAGAGAGCACAUUUGUAAUUCUUUUAGUACUCAAUCUGUGUGUAUGCUCGCGUGUCCUUUCAGUCGUGUUGAGUUCACAUCAGGAAUGCUGAAUUUUCAUUUCCUGUCAUUUUUUUUUUUUUAAAGGUUACUCAGGAUUCAUGUAAAGCUGAAUAAUUGCUUUGCAAGAAUUUUAUGUCAUUGAUAUAGACUUUAAAAUAAUCAUACAUGUGGCUGACUGACAUCAUUUGUUGACUUGUCUCGGUGAACAAGUGGACUACAAAUUGAAGCAAUUGAAGUGCUCUGCGAUGUGAGAGGAACUUAGCUAUCAUUCAUACACUGUUAGGAUAACCUUUUUAACGACUUCACUUAUCUGACAGUCAGCAGACUGCAGCCAUUGUACUUCUCUAACACGCCAUAAGGUAACGUUUGUCAUUCCAUUUAGAUCUCUCUUACUUUUCUAUAUAGCGGCCAGUGUGAAGAAGGGACCUACCUAUCUAUCUCCGCAUUCCAUUUUAUGAAAGGGAAGGCCCAGUUGUGACCUCUUUAUGAUCACUUUAUAAUUCAUAAUACUCUCUGGAAAAAGUCAAAUUGACUUUUGCAGUUCUCAUUUUAAUACCAGACAAGUGUUCAGCCACUGUACAAAAAAAGAGUAUGUGCAUAAAUAUAUAUUUUUAAAUAUUCAAUCAAAUGCAUCCAUUUUCUACACACAUUAAAAAUCCUGUUAUUGUUUUUUUUAAUCUACCGUACUUUCAUUUGCAAGUGUGGUAAUCUGGCAUGUUUCGUUUUUUUUUUUACUCAUUUGUUGAUCCACGUUGGAGAAAAAUUAAAUCUAAGCAUGAUUUAUUAAAUGAAAUCAAGGUUUUAAAAAAACAACAAAAAAACAAAUCUUGAUUUCUUACUAUGUUGGUGCAUGUUGCUUAUCUCAAAAGGGAACUGCACUUUUUGGGGGGAAUUUUGCCUAUCGUUCACAAUCAUUAUGAAAGACAAGACGACGGAUUUUCUUUUUUUAUGCAUUCUAAAUAUUAAACGUAAAUAAAAGUCCGCUUACAGCGGAGCCAAUGGGAGGCCCUUUUUUCUGCCUGUAAAACCCAAUAAAUAACCAUUCAAAAAGCGCCAACAAUACUCCAUUAACAUUUCGUGACUUGAAUAUUAACCAAGUAUUAGUGAUAUUGUUAUUAUAAGCGCUAACGCAGACAAAUUAUUUAUAGCAGCACUAAGAUCACUACCUUGUGUGCCUAUGUUUACGUCAUCAAGUAGUCUGCUGCUUCCUUGCUUCCCUGCUCCUUGGAAGUUUAUUGUAGAUCAUAAAUCAUGCAUCUCACCUGUAAAGUAGAUGGCUGAGGACGUAUUCCGACAAGUUGGUACAUUUUGACAGUCAUUUAGGACCCAGGAAUGGCGAGAACGACACGAAAAGACGCUUGGUCUCCACCGUGCCCCGACCACGUUUCUUGGCAAAGAUUAUAAGACAUUCUUCACCAAAAUGGUAAUAUAUUAACAUCCUAGCAGUCGGUAUCCUAAUGACAGCAGACCUUGUACAGUAAGUGAAGUUGUAUUAUGUUAGUUGUCUCAUAAAAUCAGCAGUGAGUAAUAAUAAGUGAUGAAGAAAAAAAAAGAAAACGUGAUGCGUAUGCUUAAAAUGAUCAAAAUACGUAAAUAUUAAAUAUUAUUAUAAAUGUGCUCGUUACUACAUUACAUAUAUACUUAACAUCAUGUGUAUAUAAAACCCUAACGGAGGUGUUUGGAUGUUUUUUUAAGGGCUUUAUAGGCAGCGGCUCCCAUAGGCUCCAUUGUAAGCAGACUUUUGAUCACAUUUAUUUAAUAUUUAGAAUGCAUUAAAAAAAAAUAACAUCCAUCGUCUCUCAUAAUUGUGAACGAUAGGUAAAAUUCCCAAAAAAAGUGCAAUUCCCCUUUAAGUAAUAUGUACUAAUAUUAGAUUUUUUACGAUGUAAUAGAGGUAAGAAUUUUACAACAUCUCACAAUUUAAUUCCGAUUCUUGGGGUGACAAUUUAAUUCUUGAUUUAAUGCGAUUCUCGAUUCCAACCGACUUUCGUACUUGGUAUAAAAAUGAUAAUAGAACAUUUUCAAAAAAGGUUACAAAGGCUGGCGUAUGCGUAUGGCCUAUGUGCGCAGUGAGUAAGCUUGGAAAUGGCCUAACAACAUAUAAAAAAAAAUAAAUUAAUUUUAUUGAAUUUUUAAAUGUUUCGAAUUUAUUUAGAAUCUAAAAUAAUAGCAUGAGAAUCUAUUUUCUUAAACACCCCUACUAACUAAAAUAAGCAAAUCAAAAAAGCGUGAGUAGAGCGCAGACCUCGACCGGGCCCUAUCCCCCAAUAGUAAAAAUCUUGUAAAAAUUCCUUAGUCCAGACAAUGAUUCCGAUCACCACCAAAACUGGAUUACUUAUUCCGUGUCCCAUUUCUGACAUUUCCUGAAAGUUUCAUAAAAAUCUGACCAUACCAUUUUGAGUUAAGUUGUUAACAAAUAAACAACCAAACCCAAACAAAAACAUAACUUGGCAAAGGUAAUUAUCUGUCAACAGACCCAGAAAUACUGUAGUGGUCCUCCAACAUGCCCAAAGUCAAAUUUCCUUUCAAUGCUUAGCUUAAGCAAAUUGAUCAAACAUAGUGAGACGUACAGUAUCUUGAUCCCGUAGUGGUUAGCACAUCUGCCUCACAGUGAGGAGAUGCAGGUUCAAAUGUCAGGUUGGAGCCUCACUGUGUGGAGUCUGCAUGUUUAACGCCAUGUAGCUGCCAAAACGUUCAUUGUCUAUUAAAUUGUCCAUAAGUGUGAAUGUUUGACUACCUGUGACCAGUCAAGGUGUAACCUACCUCUGGCCUAAAGUUGCUAAUAAGUGACCCUAAUAAUAAUAAGAACCGAUAGUAAAUACAUAUUUAAUCUUGCUUAGAUUUAAUUUUUCUGCAGUGUAGCAGUGUUGCGUCCUAUUUCAUCAUCUCUCCUUCACUGUGUCGACAACUAGUGCCAAACGGGACUGACAGUACCAACCGUGUGCUGCGGCAUGAAAGCUCCAGUAGUGCAUGUCAAAGGAGCAGAGACAGUACAGCGGAAGUCAGACUGGACUCAAGUUAGAGCCAUAUUCAUUCUUAUCCAGAAGUUAGUAUUCUGCUCAAUGUUGUCUGAUUCUCACGGUGUAACCCUUCAAACCACAGUCUCCACCCUUCUGAAGCUUGUUCUUUGAAGUAAUGUAGCAUCCGUAUAUGUAUGUUUGUCCAAUGUAACCAUUCAUCCUUACCUACACUGUGGGACAACUGUUUAUUUGGUUGUUAUUUAAAGCUGUCAUAAAGCACCAUCCCG